AUGGCAUAUAGACAUGUCUUGAGAUGCGAAAUAUGUCAAAUAUCACCCUUGCAACAUCCUGUCAAUUUAGCCCAAAGUAGAUCUCCACAAUUCCCCAUGCUUCCCCGCGAUGUAGAAUGGCAUUAUGUAGUGCACAAUCCAGGGGCUUCACUGCCACUAGUUUCUUUCUCUUCACAUAGUUUUGUCCAAACCCACGCCCUCCAACGAACUUGUGCUGCCAAUAAGCUCCGCAGAAUGGCCGGAAAAGCAAAAUCCAGGGCUGGAGAAGGCCAAGAUCCUGAGUUCCUACAAGAGAGGGUAGCUCGGGGUGAGAUUGGGGGUACUGUGUUUGGUGACUACAACCGGUUGUACUACGACGUGGCAUACAGCACCAGAAGGGUCAGCGCAAAAGAGAGUGAGGAUUGUAAUGGAGAACACAUAUUGAAGUGCAGGUUGAAGCGAAUUGUAGUGGAACAACCCGAUGAGGAGGGCGAGAAGCCACGGACACUGACAGUUGAUUCACCUAAUAUUGCACCAGAGUUUACCUGGAAAUUCACACAACCUAAGCGGCUUCUCCAGCUUCAAGAAAAAAUGUCAAAUUUCGAUUAA